AUGGCGAGUGCUACUAUUGAGAUUCUCUCCAUUGUCAAUGGGUUGUCGUCAAUUGCAGGAACCGUUGGAAAUCUGCUGGUUUGCUUGGUAAUAUGCCGUAACGAAGAAUUGCAAACAGGUGUGAAUUACUUUAUUCUGAGUCUCAGUGCGGCAGACUUAACGGUGUGCUUCAUCGCACAACCGACCUAUGUUUACUAUUUGAAUCAACCAUGGAGCGCACGAAACUUCGCCACUUUUAAGCUCAUUGCGUACAUAACUCUGCAUUCGUCGUUCCUCAAUCUUUUGUCUUUGACGGUGAAUCGACUCUUUGCUCUGUGGUUUCCAUUUGGAUAUGUGAUUAUUAUGCGUGGUAGAAACAUCGCUGUGAUUGUCACAAUUGUAUGGUUGGUGUCAGUGAUCAUGGCAAUUGCGUUUAGUUUAUCCCCAGUUUUAAAGAGACCUGCGCCAUACUUCCAUGUGGCGAUGCUCCUUACAUUUGCGUUCACCUACAUGAAGAUUUUCUGCAUCGCCAGAAAACAACGACAUCGAAUAGUUGCACAGGUUAAGUCUGUCUCUCAUAAUUACAGAGUGGCUAAGAUCUCUCAAGAUCAGCUGACGACGCGAACAUUGGCAAUUCUGAUCGGCGUUUCAUUGAUUCUCUUUCUUCCCGAUACGUGGUUUCAACUGGCGAGGAGCAGCGACUACACGAGAUUUCGCUGGUCUUUCACAACGAUGUUUUUGAGCUCAUUUUUAAAUCCUUGUAUCUACGUGUGGAGAAGUGAAAAAUUUCGUCUCGCCUUAUACAAGACGAUUGGCGUUUCUCGCCGAGGUCGUCGAUCAAUUGCAAAGGUUAAUUUUAACGCAAUUGAGCAGGUGAAUAUUAACAAUAACUUGGGUGAAAUUUUUGGGAAGGAAAACAAAGACAGUAGGAUACCCUCCAUAAAGGUUGAGGCAUUAAAGCCAAACUGAAGACUUGAAUGACAAAGUACAUAGCCCACAUUUUUCCUUAUUUUUAUUAUUUUUUUAACUUUCAUAGUUUAAACUACAACAUUUUACAACAUUUCAAAAAAUGUUUUUGUUACCAUAA